UAAUUACCCUUCACCUUAUCUAGUAGUUGCUACUGCCAUUGCUUCGAAGUGUCAACUUCCCGUCCAAUGGAGCCUCGAAACUGAAAAGCUUUGAGGUGCUAAAAUCUCAAUACAGCUUCAAAAGUCGAUGACUUGCAGUUGCAGAUACCACUACAAGAUAUCAGCCAGCUACGAUCCAUCAAACAACAAUAGAUAUCGGUACAAGUGUAAAAUCACUUCCAUCACAUCAGAGGGUUGCUGUCCGUUGUAGU